AUGGUGCAGAGAAGCAGCCUCGCAGUCCCCCAUGAAGUGCCUGUCCUUACCAUUUGCUUUUUGGCAUGCGUAGCCAGAGGUUUGGAACUGUCUGUGAAUAACCACGCUGCUGACUUCUCCCUGUCUACACUGUCUGGCCCUCCCGUCUCCCUCUCCUGCCUAGUACAGAACAGCAGCCAGGCUGAGGAGCUGCUCUGGUACCGAGGAGAUGGGAAAGUGGAUCUGAAAGAUGGGAAUAAAGUGAACGUCAGUAACAUCUGCAUAUCCCCAGUCACCGAGUCCGACAAUGGAGUCACCUUCACGUGCAAGCUGGCGCGGGACAAGUCUGUCCAGGUGUCUGUGAUCCUGGAUGUCCAGUUUCCUCCCCGGCUGACUGGAGAAGAGUCCCUCCAAAUCGAAGAAGACAAAGAUGUCAUUCUGUCCUGCAGCGCCAAAUCCAACCCUCAAGCCCAAACAGCUUGGUAUAAGAACAACAUCACCUUGACCCUACAGCAAAAUCGCUACCAGCUGUACCAGACUAGUGAGGUCUUUCAGCUCUCUAUCAUAAAAGUACAGAAGUCUGACAACGGGACCUACACCUGUGUGGUGAAAUCUUCUUUGGGAGAGGGGAGAAAGGAUUUCCACCUGAUAGUCGAAGAUAAAAAACCUGUUUUUCCCAAGGAGGCUGUUAUUGCUGCUGUCGUGGUGGUUACACUCACGGUACUUUUUGGAAUUGUGGCUCGAAAAGAUAAAAUUUUUAAGUGCUUCAAAAGAUCAAGUGAAACAGCUCUGUAA